CUGAUGAAGGCUAUAGUCCUUUUCUUCAUCUACGUGCCCCAGCUAUGACUGCCAACAUCAACCAACUCCUGGAGAUAAGCAUGGAUGAAGCAGUGCUUGAUAUGGCAACACCCAAUCCUCCAGGUGAGGACAUACAAGAAACUCCAGAACAACAAAAAGUUCUCUGCGAGGAAGACUUGGUGGGGAAAAGUGCCAGUAUUACCUACAAUGACCAUCUGCAUAGACUGGCCAUGUACCUGCAGUUACCAAUGCAGAUGUGCAAUUACUCAAACAGAGUAACUGGGGCAACAUGCCCUGGUAAAUCGCCAUUUCAGGUUACCCUGAAACCUCGGGGCACUGGAGUGGCAUUGGAAUGGUUUUGCCCAUUUGGACACCGUUUGUGGAAGUGGAAUUCACAGCCCCUGUUGAAGUUUGGCAUGCAGGGUGGAGACUUCAUGCUGUCCACAAACAUACUGCUGUCAGGGAACAAUUAUCGAAAAAUUGCACUCCUUUUCCAGUUCAUGAAGAUGGGAAUGGUGGCUCAGUCCACUUUUUUCAAAAUACAGGACACAUACUGUGUUGACCCUAUUGAAAAGUUCUGGGAAAGGAACAGAGCUGACGUUUUAACCCGUUUGCGUCAAAAGGACCGCGUUGUUGUCCUAGGAGAUGGCAGAAUGGAUUCCCCAGGCCACUGUGCACAGUACUGCACGUACACAACCCUUGAGCAGGACUCAAGGGACAUUGUGCAUAUAGUGACUGUUGACAAGCGGGAAACGGACAGAAAUUCGGUCAUUAUGGAGAAGGAGUGCUUCAUAAGGACCAUGGACGUACUACUCCAGGAGAUUCCUGUAAAAGAAGUGGUCACAGAUGCCCACCCUCAAAUAACUGCAUUGCUUAAUCCAGAGCGUGGCAAAUAUAAGGCUUGGGGACUGCAACAUUCUCUGGACAUCUGGCAUGCUGCAAAGAAUUUGGGGAAAAAGCUAUGACGGCUGCACAUAGGCAGUGCCUGUUUAACACUCU